AUGUCUGGCGUCCCAACUGAGGCACCCAGAACUCCUUCCUCGGACGACCAACAGCGUUCAGGGAAUACAUCGGGCGAUGCGGUUGACCAGUCUGACUACCCCCACGGUUCCAAUGGUCAUUUGGAAAAUGGAGGCAUUCCAAACCACGGGGUGACGAUCACUGUCGAGGAUGCCGAUGCUGCAGAAGACGAAGAGGAGGACAACGUCGCCUCCGAAGACGGAAAGUCCGACACAGAAGGCUCCCUUGCGGACUCAAGUGGAGAAUCAGACUCUCAACCGGAACAAGCACAACCCGCACAAGUCGAUCCUCAUGCGCGUGAAUCAGAACAGGGGUCGCAGGAAGAGCUGGAAAGUGAGACCGCAUCCUCUGUCCAGCAGCGGGAUGGACAUGUCGCGACUCCAGAUGUCACUCCAGCAUCCCAUCCGCAGAGAUCUGACUCAAGGUCGACAACAGUCUCUCGCCCCUUACCCGUCACCUCAACAGUCUUUGUCAUCAACGCACUGGAGACAAUUGGAGCCUCUAAAGAAGUCAAAAGGAAUAAGGAGUUCACAGAAGCCGUACAAGCCGCUCUCGCCAAUAUAAAGAACUCGGAACAUGCUGUCAACCCGGAAAUCCUCUUCCGGCCUUUACAGAUGGCGACAAAGUCUUUCAAUGUACAGAUGCAGGUCACUGCUCUCGACUGUAUUGGGAAACUCAUCAGCUAUUCCUACUUUGCCUUUCCAGCAGUGGCCGAAAGUCAGCCGGAUGGCACUGAUACCCCACCAUUGAUUGAGCGGGCGAUUGAGGCUAUUUGUGAUUGUUUCGAAAAUGAGGCUACAGCGGUAGAGAUUCAACAACAGAUCAUUAAAUCACUCCUCGCGGCCAUUCUGGAUGACAAGAUUGUUGUACAUGGUGCUGGUCUGCUCAAGGCCGUGAGACAGGUUUACAACAUCUUCAUCUACUCAAAGUCGAGUCAAAAUCAACAGGUCGCCCAGGGUUCGCUCUUGCAGAUGGUUGCAACAGUAUUCUCUCGUGUCAGAACACGCUUAGAUGUGAAAGACGCGCGUGCAAGAGAGCAGCAUGAGACCAAAUCAGACGAGGCUCUGUCUGGAGAUGCCUCAAUUUUCGAGCCCGGUGAUCUUAACGGCCAGGUUGACACACCCGAUCAAGAGACUCCUCCUCAACCAGGAGAUGGUACCAACAAAGUCCAAGAAAAGUUGACCCUGCAAAGCUUCGAACAAAAUAAGAAUCUCGAUGACGCACUGGUCGCUGAUAGCGCCCCUACCACUGUGACGCGCGCCAGGAGAGAUCGCCAAAACACUCGAUCGAGUUCUGGGCCGGUGUCUCGCACAAGCCUGCAGCAAGACCGCGACGAUGCAGACCUCUCCUCUGAGGACGAGGACGACAUUUACAUAAAAGAUGCCUUUCUUGUCUUUCGAUCGCUGUGCAAGCUAAGCCAAAAGAUCCUGACGCAUGACCAGCAACAAGAUCUCAGGUCACAAAAUAUGCGAUCUAAGCUCCUGUCUCUCCAUCUAAUCUACCAUGUCAUCAACAAUUAUACCCCGGUCUUUACCUCAUCCUUCUCGACAAUCAAGAGUGGAAACAAUGAGGAAAAUACUCCGUUCUUGCAGGUUGCCAAACCUCAUCUCUGUUUGAGUUUGUCUCGCAACGCUUCAAGCUCCGUUCCUCGUGUGUUCGAGGUCUGCUGUGAGAUCUUUUGGCUGUCAUUGAAGCAUUUGCGGGUCUUGUUGAAGAAGGAAAUCGAAGUAUUCCUCAAAGAAGUCUACCUCGCAGUGCUGGAGAAACGAAGUGCACCACUUUUCCAAAAAGAAAAAUUCAUGAACGUGUUGGAAAGGCUAUCGGCCGAUCCACGUGCUCUAGUCGAGAUUUAUCUGAACUAUGAUUGCGAUCGUACCGCCCUGGACAACAUGUAUCAAGAGAUCAUUGAACACUUGUCACGAAUUUGUAGCACCCCAGUCGUUGUCACUCCUGUACAGCAACACCAGUUCCAAGAACAGCAAGCCAAACCAUCCACCCCUUCAUCAGAUUGGCACAGUCGAGGGUCUCUUCUUCCAGGCCUCUCUACAACAGCCCUCAGUCACCCACCAGCUCCACCAUCAUCGGUACCGGUGGAAUAUGUCCUCAAACAACAAUCACUACGAUGCUUGGUGGAGAUCCUUAACUCUCUUGAUAACUGGUCCACCCAAAGUGGUCAGGACAAUCUAAAUGGCUCUCGCUAUCCAACAUCGCGGGGUUCCUUUGAAGAUUCGAGAGAAUCUCUCGACACCAGUGAGAGACCUCCCCCCUCUCCUCGAGUGGGUGUGUUUGGCAGCGAAUCUGGUAUCUCAACUCCAGUGGCAGAAGACGAUCCCAAUGAGAUCGAGAGAGUGCGGAUGCGAAAGUCAGCGUUGAAUAAUGGAAUCAGACAGUUCAACUUCAAAGCUAAACGAGGAAUAAAGCAGCUGUUGGCCGAUGGGUUCAUCCGCAGUGACAGCCCUCAAGAUAUUGCCAAAUUUCUCCUCGGAAAUGAUAGACUUGACAAAACAAUGCUCGGAGAAUACCUUGGAGAAGGUGAUGAACAGAAUGUGGCAACAAUGCACGCAUUCGUUGAUCUGAUGGAAUUCAGCAAAAGGAGAUUUGUCGACUCUCUCAGACAAUUCUUGCAAAGCUUCAGAUUACCAGGUGAGGCACAAAAGAUCGACAGAUUUAUGCUUAAAUUUGCUGAGCGAUAUCUUUCUGGUAAUCCUAAUGCAUUCGCAAAUGCCGACACAGCAUAUAUACUUGCUUACUCAGUCAUCCUCCUAAACACUGAUCAACACAGCACUAAAAUGAAGGGUAGACGCAUGACUCUCGAGGACUUUAUCAAAAACAACCGAGGUAUCAACGAUGGUCAAGAUUUGCCUCAGGAGUAUCUCGCCACAAUCUAUGACGAAAUCCAAAGCAAUGAAAUUGUUUUGACGUCUGAGCGUGAACAUGCGGCUGAGCUGGGAAUCGCUGCCGCUGCUCCUUCUGCAGGCCUGGCGUCUCGAGCCGGGCAGGCUCUGGCAAACGUCGGUCGAGAUCUACAGAAAGAGAAGUACGCUCAAGCUUCGGAAGAGAUGGCAAACAAAACUGAGCAGCUCUACCGGAGUCUUAUUCGUGCACAGAAACGAUCAGCUGUGCGAGAAGCACUCUCUCGGUUCAUACCCGCUACUUCUACCAAACAUGUGGGUCCAAUGUUCAACGUCUCUUGGAUGUCGUUCUUGUCGGGAUUCUCAAGCCAGAUGCAAGAUGCACAGAAUCUCGAUCUUAUCAGACAGUGCCUAGAUGGUCUCAAACUAGCCAUCAGAAUCGCUUGUCGAUUUGAUCUAGAGACUCCUAGAGUAGCCUUUGUUACGGCCCUCGCUAAAUCCACCAAUCUCAACAAUCUCAAGGAGAUGAUGGCGAAAAAUAUCGAGGCUUUGAAAGUACUCAUCGAAGUCGCUCUCAGUGAGGGUGACUUGUUGAAGGGCGCUUGGCGAGAAGUUCUGAUGUGUAUCAGUCAGCUUGACAGACUUCAGCUAUUGUCUACCGGGAUCGAUGAAGGCGCAAUCCCAGAUGUCUCACGAGCAAACAUCCCUUUACCAUCCAACCCACGAGAUAGCAGAGGAAGCCGCAAGUCUAUGCAAGCACCGAGACGUCCACGACCCAGAUCAGCACAUAGCUUUCGACCGGAGGUCGCAGAUGAGACAAAAUCUACCGAUAUGGUUCGUGGUGUAGACCGAAUUUUCACAAACACUGCGAAACUGUCCUCUGAGGCGAUAAUCGACUUUGUUCGUGCUCUGAGUGACGUUAGCUGGCAAGAGAUUCAGUCGUCAGGCAACAGUGAAUCGCCGCGAACAUACAGCUUACAGAAAUUGGUUGAAAUAAGCUACUACAAUAUGACCAGGGUCAGGAUAGAGUGGACUCGCAUCUGGGAAGUCCUUGGCGAGCAUUUCAAUCAAGUUGGCUGCCAUAACAACACGACUGUUGUCUUCUUCGCGCUUGACUCCCUUCGUCAGUUGUCUAUGAGAUUUAUGGAAAUCGAAGAGCUGCCAGGUUUCAAAUUUCAAAAGGAUUUCUUGAAACCCUUUGAGCAUGUCAUGUCCAACACAACUGUCGUCACUGUGAAAGAUAUGGUUUUACGAUGCCUGAUUCAGAUGAUUCAAGCUCGUGGCGACAACAUCAGAUCGGGUUGGAAAACAAUGUUUGGAGUUUUCUCGAUUGCUGCCAGAGAACAGUACGAAGCAGUCGUCAACAUCGCUUUCGAUUAUACGACACAGAUUUACAAUACACGAUUUGGCGUUGUCAUUUCGCAAGGCUCGUUCCCCGACCUCAUCGUCUGCCUAACAGAAUUCUCCAAAAACCUCAAGUUUCAGAAGAAGUCAUUGCAGGCCAUUGAGCUACUCAAGUCAACUGUGCCAAAAAUGCUCAAAACACCUGAGUGUCCGCUUUCAAAACGUCAUGUCAAAGUGGCGGAACUGGAGGGGUCGCGCGUGGUGGCUGGAGUGAAACAGCCCACUUCUCAGACUGAAGAAGAGCAGUUUUGGUAUCCUGUACUCAUCGCGUACCAAGAUGUUUUGAUGACUGGUGAAGACUUGGAAGUUCGUUCACGAGCACUAACAUAUCUUUUUGAGACAUUGGUCAAGUAUGGUGGUGAUUUCCCUAUCGAAUUCUGGGAUGUCUUAUGGCGUCAGCUCCUCUACCCGAUAUUUGUUGUUCUCCAAUCAAAAUCAGAAAUGUCAAAAGCUCCCAAUCAUGAAGAGCUGUCGGUGUGGUUAUCGACGACUAUGAUUCAAGCCCUUAGGAAUAUGAUCACACUCUUCACCCAUUACUUUGCUUCUCUAGAGCAUAUGUUGGAUCGAUUUUUGGACCUUCUCACUCUUUGUAUCUGUCAAGAGAACGACACGAUUGCUCGCAUCGGUAGCAAUUGUUUACAACAACUCAUUCUCCAAAAUGUCACCAAGUUCAAACCAGAGCACUGGGCACGAAUUGUCACGGCUUUUGUCGAACUCUUCAAUCGCACCACUGCAUAUGAAUUGUUUUCUGCCGCUGCCACCAUGUCAGAUGCUCGACCCACACCAUCUACUGACGCCGUAGAUGGCUUGUCAAUCUCGGGGACUACGAUAGUCGAAACUCCAACAACGAACGGUGCACCAGAUUCGUUUCCUACUCCUGAUCCUGCACUCGAGCACAAAGGCGAUGUGCCAAUUGCGGAUAUUCCUCAAUCUCAGUCGACACAAGAGCUUGAAGAUUACCGCCCGCACGCCGAUUUGCAGACUCCUGUUCCCGUAGUCACAGCUGCACGCCGCAGAUUUUUCAACAAAAUCAUCACCAAUUGCGUCCUGCAACUUCUGAUGAUUGAAACGGUAGCCGAACUAUUCUCCAACGACUCGGUUUAUGCACAAAUCCCCUCAGCCGAACUUCUUCGGCUCAUGUCACUUUUAAAAAAAUCAUAUCAAUUUGCGAAGAAGUUUAAUGGGGACAAAGAUCUCAGAAUGGCAUUGUGGAGGCAGGGCUUCAUGCGUCAGCCACCCAAUCUUUUGAAACAAGAGUCUGGGUCCGCUAACACAUAUGUGAGCAUACUGCUCAGAAUGUACCACGACGAAGGUGAAGAGCGAAGAUCAAGCAGAGAUCAAACCGAAGGUGCAUUGAUACCACUCUGUGCUGACAUAAUUCGCUCAUUCAUCUUGCUCGAGGAAGAGACUCAACAACGAAACAUCGUAGCCUGGCGCCCAGUCGUCAUUGACGUCCUUGAAGGUUACACGAAUUUCCCGCAGCAGAGCUUCGAAAAGCACAUCGAGACUUUCUAUCCCCUAGCAGUCGGACUCUUGGAGAAGGAAUUCAGCACGCCUGACCUUCGCACUGCGCUUUGGGGGAUGUUUCGACGUGUUGGCGAGCUGAAAUUCGGAAUGCCCGAAUAUACUGCAUCCGCUUCUAGAGGGAGGGAGAACAGCGUUGGAUCGACCAGGAAUGGGAGUGUUGGUGGAGGCCAUGAGGUAAGGUCUUCGUCCGCGAGAAGUCGAAGGGGAAGUCGCGUCAGUAGGACUGGCACUUCUUAG